CUUCCGUCUUUUUCGCCUGACGGAACAAAGCUGGUGUACCGCCUAUGGGACUGGGAGGCUACAAUUCUGCUGGGCUUGCGUAUCCUCGACCUGACGACGGGCCACACAAGUAGCCUGACAUGGGGCUGGGACAACACGACGAGAUGGUCCCCUGACGGCGGGCGCAUCGUUUUCACCCGGCAGGUUAACUGGACAUCAGAGUACGCCAGUGUUUGGUACGAGGACCGCUUCGACAUCAUGACUAUCCGGCCAGACGGCACCGACCUGACGCGUGUGACUGAUAGCUUGGUAAACGAUGCCCACGUGGUGGGGUUGUAUGACGGCCAUAUCCUGUGGAGCAGCGGCAUGUACGGCUUCCGUGACGUGUCAGCCCAGUACGACAACACGUUUCAGCCCUACGGCCAGGUCAUGGUGAUGGAUGCGGAUGGCUCCAACAAGCGUAUGUUGACCGACAGUUUGUGGGAGGACUCAAUGCCAAUGUAUGUGCCCGUAGGUAGGGGCUCAAGGACGGAGGGCUCUCCCUUGUAG